AUGCAGGAGCUGUAUGUGGAUGUGCGGGUAUGGGUUGCAGCAUACAGAGACAACAAAUUUGGCUGGAGAGAAGCCACAACAGCAAAAGGCACAUGCUUAUGUGAAGACUCUGACAGAAAAAUAGCUGGGAGCCAGCAUCUUAAUUACCAACCCGAUUUCAGUGAAAACAAGGUUUAUUCAUUUAAUUAUGAAAGCAUACUUCUCAGUGGACUUCCAGAGAAAGGACUUGCAAGAGCUGGAAUAAGAAUAAAAAGUAAAGUGGAAAUUAGUGGUAUUGGGCCAAAACUUUGUCUUAUUAGGAUCCACUCAAUCGAAGCAGCAGAGUACAAUGGUGUCUGGCCUACAAGCUCAUUCUCUCGGUCUCUCAAACUGACCCAAGUAUUAACUGGGGAACUUAGUACUCCCAUCAAGUUUGAGUAUAGUAAUGGCCAUGUUGGAAACCUUAAGGCUCCUGAUUCUGUCUCAGAUGAUGCUCUGAACAUCUACAGAGGAAUUCUGAAUGUGCUGGAGCUAAGUCUAAAGAAGAUGCAGCAUUCAUACAGCUUACAAGAGGCUGGGAUUGGAGGUAUUUGUAACACAACGUAUGCAAUUCAGGAAAACAAGAGAGCAAGUCUAGUUUAUGUGACCAAAUCCAAGGACCUGAACAGUUGUGAAGAGAAAGUGCAACUGCUCACAGGUUCAGCAUACACUCAACCGUGCCAGACCUGCCAGCAGAGAAACAGGAAUUCCCGGGCAACUGCUACUUAUAAUUACAAAAUCAAGUAUACACGUAAUGAAGCUGUAAUUACACAAGCUGAUGUUGAGGAAAUCCACCAGUUUGCACCCUUCAAUGAGAUAACAGGAGGAAAUGCUAUAGUGGAAGCAAGGCAGAAACUUGCUUUGACUGAUGUGCAGAAGGAAAUGGCAGAGGUCCCACCAAAAGAAUUUCAGGAUCGUGGGUCACUUCAGUACCAGUUUGGCAGUGAAUUGCUUCAGCUUCCUGUCCACUUAUUCAGAAUAAAAAAUGUGGAAAGCCAGAUAGAGGAAAGUCUGCAAGACCUAGUAGAGACCACAUCUGAACAGCUUCCCAACGAUGCACCAGCAAAAGCCCUCAAGCUUAUGCACCUCUUCCGGGCAGCAAAUGAGGAGGAUUAUGAGUCGGUGUGGAAGCAGUUCUCCAGCCAGCCAGUGUACAGGCGCUACAUUUUGGAUAUAAUUCCUGCAGUUGCCAGUCACCGUGCACUCAGGUUCUUGAGGCAUAAAAUGGAAAGGCAAGAACUCACCAACUGGGAAGCAGCUCAGACGGUGCUUGUGGCUCUGCACUCAAGCACACCAACUAGGGACGCAAUGGAGGAAGCAACGCUCAUUGUGAAAAAACAUUGCCCACGCUCAAGUACUGUACUUGGAAAGGUUUGCUAUCUCAGCUAUGCGUCACUGUGUCACAAACAGUGCUCUUCAUCAGACUCCUGCUCUGAAUGUCUCCAGCUACUUCAUGGCUUUGCAGGAGAGGUAUUGAGCAAAUCUAACACAGAAGACAUUUCCCUGGCUUUGAAAGCCCUUGGGAAUGUAGGACAUCCAGCCAGCAUCAAGCACAUCAAGAAAUUUUUGCCAGGAUAUGCAGCUGGUGCCUCAGAUUUGCCUCUCAAGGUCCAUGCAACUGCUGUGAUGGCCCUGAAAAACGUAGGCAUGAAAGAUCCAAAACUGGUCCAGGCUAUUACCCUUGAGAUUUUCCUGAAUCAAAAACUUCAUCCUCGGGUCCGAAUGUUAGCUGCAGUGGUUUUGCUUGAAACCAAGCCAGGUCUUCCAAUACUAAUGACAGUAGCUGAUGCUGUCCUGAAGGAACCUAGCAUGCAAGUGGCAAGUUUCAUCUACUCUCACGUGAGGGCCCUGGGUAGGAGCACAGCUCCAGAUCUUCAAGCAGUGGCUUCUGCCUGCAGAAUGGCCAUCAGAGCAUUAAGUGCCAAAUUUGACAGAUCUGGAUAUCAGUUCAGCAAGGUUUUCCGGUUCAGUAUGUUUAAAGAGAUUCUUAUGAGUGGACUGGCAGCUAAAUAUUUGGUAUUGAACAAUGCAGGCAGUUUAAUUCCAACGAUGGCAAUGUCCCAGCUGCGGACACAUUUCCUAGGCAGAGUUGCUGAUCCCUUGGAGGUUGGAAUAACAGUUGAAGGACUGCAGGAGAUAUUUGCUACAGGUUACUCUCCUGACAGGGACUGGGAGACCGACUAUGACUUCAAGGAAGUCCUGAAAAAGCUCUCUGACUGGAAGGCAUUCUCCAGUGACAAACCUUUUGCAUCAGCCUACUUGAAGAUGUUUGGCCAAGAGCUGUUUUUCGGUGGACUAGAUAAAAAUGCCAUUCAAAAUGCAUUGCAGGCAUGGUAUGGACCUGAAGAAAAAAUCCCUUCGAUAAGGAAAAUAAUCAGUAGCCUUCAAAGUGGUGUAGCAAGGCAGUGGACCAAGGCCUUACUCUCCUCUGAGAUCCGUCGUAUUGUGCCCACCUGCACUGGGUUUCCAACAGAGACAAGCUUCUAUUACUCUUCCAUCACAAAAGUAGCAGGGAACGUUCAAGCACAGAUUACACCUUCUCCAAAAUCUGAUUUCAGAUUGACUGAAUUACUAAAUGCCAACAUUAGGCUGCGAUCCAAAAUGAGUCUAAGCAUGGCUAAGGAGAUGAUCUUUGUGAUGGGGAUCAACACAUACAUAGUACAAGCAGGGCUGGAAGCACACGCCAAAAUAAAUGCUCAUGUACCUGUGAAUGUUGUUGCCACUGUCCAGAUGAAGGAAAAAAAUAUCAAAAUUGAAAUUCCAUCAUGUAAAGAUGAGACUAACAUAAUUACUCUAAGGUCUAAGACAUUUGCUGUUACAAGAAAUAUUGGGGAUUUGGAUGCUAGUAAGAUGACUCCGGUUCUUCUACCUGAAGCAGUGCCUGACAUAAUGAAGAUGUCCUUUGAUUCAGAUUCUGCAUCCGGCGAGACUGAUAACAUCAGGGACAGGCAGUCUGCAGAAGAUGCUUCACUGGGAAUUUACUUUGGACGCUCUUCUUCCCGAAAACAGCCAUUUGUUCAAUCUAUGUGCUUCAAUGCAAGUACAUUUGGGGUUCAAGUGUGCAUUGAAAGGAAAAGCAUACAUGCAGCGUUUAUAAAAAAUGUGCCUCUUUAUUACCUAUUUGGAGAGCAUGCCCUUAGAAUGAGCUUCAAGCCAGUUUAUACAGAGGCGCCUAUUGAAAAACUACAAGUCACAAUUCAAGCAGGAGACCAAGCUCCUACAAAAAUGGUACGUUUAGUAACAUUUGAAGAUCCAGAGGAACAAGUACCUUCCAGAAAAGAAACGCUUAAAAGAGUGAAGAAAAUCCUUGAUGAUACUAAUGACCAGGGGAUAAUAAAAGCCAGAAGCUCAUCGUCCAGUGCGAGCAGUGCCAGUGGAAGUGCCGAAAGUGCAGCAAGUAGCCCCUCCAGCAGCGACUCUGACAACAGAGUGUCACAGGCAGCCGCCCAGAUAAAUCUGAAAAGAAGACAGUCCAAAGCCAAAGAAAAGAAAUUCUACCCUUUUGGGGACAGUGGUGGCAGCAGUAGCAGCAGCAGCAAAAGCAGUAGUAGCAGUAGUAGUGGCAGUAGUAGCAGCAGUAGCAGUAGUAGUAGCAGGAGUAGCAGCAAAAGCAGAAGUAGUAGCAGCAGCAGCAGCAAAAGCAGCAGUAGUAGUAGCAAAAGCAGCAGCAGUAGUAGCAGCAGCAAAAGCAGUAGUAGUAGCAGCAGCAGUAAUAGCCCCAGCAAGAGCAGUAGCAGCAAAAGCAGCAGCAGUAGUAGCCCCAGCAAGAGCAGUAGCAGCAGCAGCAGCAGCAAGAGCAGCAGUAGCAGCAGCAAAAGGCCGAGUAGCAGUAGCAAGGGGAGCAGCAGAAGCAGUAGUAGCAGCAGCAAAAGCAGCAGCAGUAGCAGUAGACCUAGCAGCAGCAGUAGCAAAGCAUCUGGUAUAAAGCCGAAGGCUAAGAAGCAGUCCAAGACCACACCAUUUCCACUUGUCAGUGCUCCUGAAGAAGAGAGAAGAGUCCAUGAACGGAAGCCUAAAACACAGAGUAGCAGCAGUAGCAGCAGAAGCACCAGCAGUGGCAUCAGCAGCAGCAGUGAAAGCACUGGUGCUUUCCACCACCAUAGCAAAUAUGACAGACAAGCUGAGAUGAAACAUGUCAAGUCCCAGUUUAACAGUCACAGUAAUGAUGUUUCUACAGAAUGGGAAUACCACCUUCCAAAAGUAUACCAGCUCCGCUUCAGGUCUGCUAAAGUCCAUUGGCAUCCAGGUCGUAAGAUAUCAAGCAGCUCAUCGUCAUCUUCCUCUAAGCUGGAAAGCAGCCACAGCAACAGCAGCAGCAGCAGCAGCCACCACCAUGAAGAAAAUACUGACCACAGCUCAAAGAGGAAGUACGCGAGCAGAGGAGACAGCAGCCACCGCAGCCGAGGAUGCAGCCUGACACGCGAGUGCAACUUCCUGGGAGACGUAAUUCCACCUGGCAUUACAAUUGUGGCACAGGCAGUAAGGAGUGACAACAGAAAUCAAGGUUAUCAAGCCACAGCAUAUGUUCGUUCUGAUGCUGCCAAAGUUGAUGUGCAACUAGUUGUGGUUCAGCUGGCUGAAACCAAUUGGAAAGCAUGUGCUGAUGCUGUAAUACUCCCUCUGAAAGCACAGGCCAGACUGAGAUGGGGCAAGGAGUGCCAGGACUACAGGAUAGCAGCUACAGCUACCACAGGCAAACUGGCGAGGAAGCCAGCUGUGCAGCUGAAGGUACAAUGGCGAAGUCUUCCAUCAUGGUUAAAAAAGACAAGCUCGGCAUUCAUGAAAUACGUUCCUGGUGCAGCACUUGUGUUGGGCUUUUCAGAAGCACAUCAGAGAAAUCCAUCUCGUGAAGUUAUAGUAAGGGCGGCUGCAACAUCUCCACGCACAAUUGAUGCAGUAAUUAAAGCUCCUGGGGUAACACUUUACUAUCAGGCACUCCGAAUGCCAUUCACUCUGCCCUUAGGCCCAUCUCCAACUUAUGAGACUCGAGAUAUCACUGCCUGGAAUUUCUUUCCUGAAAUAGCUUCACAAAUAGCACAAGAAGAUCAAUCCACAUGUGAAGUCAGAGAAGGAGAUUUCAAAACAUUCGACCAUGUGAGCCAUACAUAUUCUUUCAAUAAAAGCUGCAACCUGAUAGCGUCCCAAGACUGUACUGAGCGCCCAAAAUUCAUUAUUACUACGAGAAAUGUUGAUCCUCAGUCUUUCUCAAGAGAGGUUCACAUAAAUACAUCCUCAGCGAACAUCGCAAUCUAUCCUGCUGCAAAUUCAUCUCUUCUUGUGACAUGCAAUGAAGAACCAGUUCUAUCACGCAGUGGAGUUUCCAAGUAUGAAAAAUACAAUGUUAAAAUUUCAAAAAAUGAGACAACAGUUAGCGUGGAAGCUCCAACACAUGGGCUGAAGAAAGUGACUUUUGAUGGUGUGAUCCUUAAGGUUACUGUUGCUUCAUGGAUGAGAGGAAAGACCUGCGGAAUCUGUGGAAAUAAUGACAGAGAAAAACACAACGAACUCCUAAUGCCAAAUCGUAAGCUGGCACACAGCUGUUCUACAUUUGUUCAUUCAUGGGUAUUGCUAGAAGAAUCCUGCUCUGGUGGGUGCAAGCUGCAGCGCAGUUAUGUGAAGCUGAAUCGAAAUCCUACUAUUGAUGGAGAGGAAUCUAUGUGCUACUCUGUUGACCCAGUACUGAGAUGUAUGAAAGACUGUACUCCAAUCAAAAAAACUUCAGUUAAGGUUGGCUUCCACUGCUUCCGAAAAGAUACCGCUGUAAGCCUGCUGGAAUGGCAGAGAAGCAGCGAUAAGAAAUCUGCAUCUGAGGAUGUUGUGGAGUCUGUGGAUGCUGACAUUGAUUGUACCUGUACCGGCUCCUGUAGUUAAGCUAAAAGCUUCAGGGUUAUGCUAUAGACAUACUAUACAAAUAAUUGAAUAGCUGGGCAGAUAAGAAGGGAACAUAAUAGCUGUAGUAAAAUAUUAAGAAAGGUGCUUACAGAAAAUAAGCCUACUGCAUUGCAUCCAAAGUCAAAUGCAUUAUGUACAGUCUGCACUGCUUAAUAAAUAUGUUGUUCAUUAAAUAAGUA